AUGCGUGAACGAGACAUCCCGUACACAGCAGUGAGCACCCCCAUUGGUAUGCUCUGGGAGUGGCUAGUAAUGCCACAGGGGCUAAGUAACUCCCCUGCAACGUUCAACAGAUGUGUUACGAAUCUGUUGCGAUUGGUGCGCGAUUUCGCACCGAGUUACUUUGGCUAUGUCUUCGUCCAUAUCCCGGCCAUGGGCGGAAAGACGGACUUGGAGGUUCAUAGAAUCCACGUCCGGAAAUUUCUGACUCUGAUGCGAGAGCAUAAGUUGUUCACGAACCUCAAGAAGUGUAUCUUCGCAGCGAACGAAAUACCACUUCUUGGUUGCAUCGUGGGUAAAACCGAUGUUCGCCCUGAUACGGAAAAGAUCAAGGCGAUUAGCGACUGGACGGUGCCAAUUGACGUCAAGGGACUUCGAAAGUUCCUUGGCUUGGCAGCGUAUUUGCACAAAUACUCGCGCAACUAUGCCGAGAUGACUGUACAUCUCUCUCGUCGAUUAAAGAAAAACGAGAGGUGUUCAUGGAGCGCUGAGUGUCAGCACUCAUUUGAAGGCAUCAAGAAAAGCUUGGUGCAAUCGCCUGUGUUGACGAUUGCAGAUCAGGAUAGAUCGUUCCAUGUGGUCUGUGACGCCAGCGAUUUUGCAAUCGGCUGCGCGUUAAUGCAGUACGACUCAUACGGCGUUGAGCGCGUCGUCUGUUAUCAAUUGCCUCAGAUGCAAGCAGCUGAGCGUAACUACCCAUUGCUUGAUAAGGAACUCCUUGCCAUGAAAUAUGCACCAGUUAAGUUUCAGGUAUAUCUCUUAGGAGAUAGGCCCUUCAUCGUUUAUACCGAACAUGCGUAG